AAUUUCAGUUUCAUUCUUCCCAUGCUCCAGUUCACUGUUCUGCGAUUUAUAAAUAAAACUGUUUGAUUGGUUAUACGUCCUAAUAAUAAAACGUUUUCAUAAUAAACCCGCUACCGCAGUGCAGUUUAGAGACGUAAAACGAAAAGUACUUGUGUUCCAUUGUAUUUUAUUUUCGAACAGAAAUGAGCAAAGAAUCAGAACAGAUGUUCGAAGAAGAGGAAUACGUAGAUGUACGCUCUCUGCCGCUGAAGCCACCACAGCCGGCGCCGCCCCAGGACAAGCCUGUCCGUCGUGUGUGGCAUCCUGUCAUGUGGGACAACUCUGGCGCCGAACCGCCCACAGCCGAUAAUUCAGAUGAAGAACAGAAAAAUGCAGCAAGGUCGAGAUCUAGGGAGUAUCCACACAAACAGCGCAUACGCAACUUGAAAAGACUGAUUGCAGAAGGAAAAGUCAAGCCCAGUUCUGAAACUCUGAUAUUCUUCCUAUGCAAUAAAUUCGCAAUAUCAGAGGAAAGGCAAUCUAAAUUUACCUAACAAAAAAAAUAACUAUGUAAUUUUUGUACGUUUAACUAAUUAAAAUUGCCCUUUAUGGUUAGAUGAAAUAUUCGCGAGUGGGUGUUUAGCAUGUCCGCGAUAAGGAAGCCUUCAAACUGAAGUGCGUUGUAAGCGGCAUCACGCUUCAGUUUGAAGGCAAGAUUAUAUUAAUUAUUAUUAAUAAUAUUUUUUUGAAAUAAAUCAACAUGUACUAGAUUUUAAUAACAAAAUUGUUUAAUCACUUAACUAUUUUCCUAGUCUUAUGGUGGAUUUGUAUUAUUUGUAAACAAUUUUGAAAUAAAUAAAUUAUACCUAGUGUUUAUUUAAAAAAAUAUUUAGAACAUUGGAAUAAACAAACAUUAAUUAAAGAACGUAUUUUUAAAAUACAGGGGGUUUCUCCGCAUUUGAGUUUCUUUUCUGCUCCGAUAUUUGUAAUGAACGAAUAUGCGUGGGGUAGAAAUAUAAAAGAAAAUAUAAAUCUAUCUUCUUAUUAUUAUUAUU